AAUGGCGGCUACUAAGAAGAGAUGUAUUCUUUAUCUUAUAAUUCUGCAAUAAUGGGAUUAUGGCUACAAAAUCAAAGAAUUCUGGAUUAUCGAAAUGCACGAGGGAUCCUGUAGAUGACACGGGACAGGAAAGAGAUGAAGAAAAUACAGAAAUUGCAAUGUACAUGAGUAAUGGAGGUAUGAUGAAUGGCACUGAUGAAAACUCUACACAGUUGUGGACGAAUACAGAGUAUUCAACAGACAAUACUCAGAAGAGAUUGUCACAUAAUAUAGUUGAGAGGAAACGUAAAGAAAAGAUUAAAAAAUGGAUUGGACAUAUAGGAGCUCUUUUGCCUUCACUUCCACAUACAACGGAAAAGCCAUCAAGUACAUUGGAAACAAUGGAAAGAGCGGCAUCAUAUAUAGCUGAGCUCAAAGAAAAAUAUGAGCAGUUACUUGUAGAAAAGGGAGAUUCUGUUCAAGUUGAAGAAAUCAAAGAGUUGAGAAAACAGUUGGAAGAUACAAAAAUAGAAAGAGACAAUUAUGCACAAAUUAUCAAAAAUGCAGGCAUAUCUAUUGAUCCUCAAUGGAAAACAGCAAGAUUUGGUCGUCAGCCUUUACCCAAUGGGGAACUUAAUGAUAGUCAAAGUCCGAAAGAAGAGGAGAAAAUAAAAGGAAAAUCUAAGAGAAAGAAUACUGUUAGUGUUCAACUAGAAUCUGUAAAACUUCAACAAGAACAAAAUAAUCAAGCUUUGAAUAAUGUGUUUCCUGGAAUAUUUGGCGGAGUUGGAAACCAAAAUAUGCUAUUGAACAGUGGAUUUCCUAAUGGAAAUCAAGUUGUUAUGACUCCUAAUGGACAUGUUGUUAUGCCCAUGAAUCAAAUGACUAAUGCUUUACAAAAUGGACAAAAUAUGUUACUGGACAAAAGUGCCAAUGGAUUAGGGCUACUACAAAUGGCUAUGCAGGAUGCCGGUAUAACAGAAAUUUCUCGCCAGCCUAGCCCUGAUAAUACUUCCCCGCGUGAAGGAUCACAAUCCUCUAACGUAAAUAAUGAUAGUUUAUCUACAACCUCUACAUCAUCCAUGGCUGAGGAUCCAAAUCAUGCACUGCAAACUCUAGCUUCCGUGGCUUCUAAUCCUCAAAAUGCUGUUUUAACAUCUGUAUCAUCCAGUCAACCAGCAGUAAGAUCUACAGUUGGUCAAACUCUUACAUCAACUGUAGCUCAAUCAGACACUACCACAUCCAAUGUUUCAUCUAUCACAGGGACCACUAAUAUUCAAGGUGUCCAAUAUCCCACAACAUCUGGAAUAUCCACAAGUAUGCCAUAUAUGGGAUUUGUGCCAGGUGGUGCUGUUAACAAUAAUGCUAUCACUACAACUGCUGUCACUUCCACAGCUCCCCCAAUAAUGUCUGUAGGUCCAGGUGGUGUUAAUCAGUUAGCAAAUCAAGGUAAUAUGAUGGUUAAUAUGCCCAUGAAUCCUGGUCAAAUCAAUCUCUUACCACCUAAUAAUUUUGGUUUGCCAGGCAUGGGUGGUAUGUUUAUGAAUCAACAAGGACAAUUAAUAAUGAUAAAUGAACAAGGUGUUCCCAUCAUGGCUGGGAUGAACAACAAUAUGACAAACGUUCUUCCCCAACAAGAACAGCAACAACAGAACAUACCAGUACCAAAAGCGUGCAAGAAGGACAAAAAUUCUAAGAAAGCAAACACAGUUCAACCCAGUGUCAUAAACCAAAAUGUACCAGAUCAAAUGAAUAUGACCUCUGUGAUGACCUCUCAAGGUCAAAUGAAUAUAUUACAACCACAACAAGGAACAAUGAAUAUGUUACAACAAAAUAUAAUGCAGCAGCCAAAUAUGAUGCAGUCUAUGCCCAUGCAAGGUCAGCAACAAGUCACCAUGCCUGGAACCCAAAAUGUUUUUCAGCAGCCAUUUCCAAAUCAACCAAUGGUUCAGAUGCAGUCCAAUAAUACAGGUAGUCAAAAUCAAGGCAUUAUUUUACCCGCAAAUCAAAGUGGCAAUCUGCUUACUCUCAACACGAUGCCAAGCCAGCCAAAUCAGUUACCUUCAGCACUUAUACUGCCCAAUGGUCAGGUGAUUCCGGUUGUCCAAAAUGCCCAGAGUUUGAUCAACAAUCAAUCUGGUGUGUUAACUUCGGGUGGUCAGGUGGUUACUAACAGCACAAGUCUUCAGAUGCCAUUACAACAAAUGGGUGUUGGUAUGCCAAAUACAGUCAUGGGUAAUAUGGCAAAUAUGGAUCUUAAUAAUCAGAUGAUGUUAGGGAACCCAGGAUUUCAAAUGGGUUCUCAAGCACCGCUUCAGCAGUCCAGUAUGGGUAUUCUUAUGCAUGAUCACUCCAAUAAUCAACAAUCCAUCGCCACAUCAGCGCAAAAUCUCACCAACAGUGUUGUUCCUACUUCUUCAACGCAGAGUAUCAUGACAACACAAAUACAGAAUACUACACCUGCCUUGGCGAAUUCCUUUAAUUAUCAAAAAUCUGUUGAUAAUCAAGUACCUAUGUCAGCUGCAGAUGGAAGUGUCAGUAUCAUGCCUAGAAAUCCUGUUCAAGCUAGUGUUCGUGCAACAGCUCCUGAUCUGAAAAAUAACCAGGCAAAUAAUCAAAGUAGCAUGAUGAAUAAUCCACAAGGUAUGGCAACAAUAGCUCAAGGAAUGGGAACACCAGGACCACAAAUUGGACCCAAUGGCUCCAUAUUGUUGACUCUCCCUAUAGAUGGACAGCAAAUGAGUGUACUAGUAGAUCCAGUCACAAUGCAAGUAUUGGGUAGAGUACCACAACCAACACCAACGAAUACUAUUACUCCUACCAGUACUACUGCUACUACAGCUAGCACUACUACCACUGCUGCUACUACUCCUGCUACUGCUGCUAAAAAAUCAGUUGGUGGUAAAAAAGCCCCAAGAAUAUGUCCUAAACCUAAUCAAGCUCCCAAAAAAUCUAAAAACAAAUCUUUGUCACCUGCAGCAGAAGUACAACCCCCAACAGAUGCUGAACCCCAACAACUGAUAACUGAAGCUUCUCAUGAAACACCCCAAGCUGUACCAGAAGAAACUCCUAUGGACCAUGGUUUAUCCUCAGAAGAGUCUGCUGCUAUGACAGAUAUUCUAGCUAAAGCUGCAGAGUCUAUAGGAUUUUAUAAUCCUGCUAAUGAAGAUAAUCCACUACAUAUAGACACUAGUGCUGGGGAAACUGAAGAUGAUGGUAGUGCUUCACCCUCUAAAGCCAAAACGAAGACUCAAGAAACAGUUGCCGAAGAUAAACCUGAUACAGAUGAUAUCACAUCAGUUUUUAACAACAUGGAACCUUUGUUAAAGUCACCAGAAGAUACGUUAACAAUGAAUUUACCAUCAGAAGAAGACUUUAACCAAACGGUGGAGGCAUGUGCAACACCAAAUAAAAAGUCAAAGAAAUCGAAAGCUCUCUCAAAAGAGAAAGAAGAUACAUUAGAUACACCUAAAAUGGCCAAAAAGACAAGCAAGAAGAAAAAGAAAAAUGAUGAUCCAAAUAUGGUCAAUGCUCUUACUAUAGCAGAGCCAGUAUUUGAUUUGCCAGCAGAAAUAACCUUUUCAGAAUCUCAGUUAUCAGAUGUUCUUGACCAGGUUGAAAAAUUGGAUUCAUCCUUCACUGAAACACCUAAAAAAGCAAGUAAAAAGAAAUCGAAAAGUGAUGAAAGUGAUUUACCUGCAAGUAAGAAAAGAAAAAAGAGUUCUGGUAAAGAUAAAGGAAAUACUAAUGUUGCUCAAACUGUUCCAGAUAAUUCUGUGUCACUGCCUGUUUCUCAACCAGAGUCACGAAUGUCUAUUUAUGAUUUUCAAGAUGACAGUCCACCUGAAGUGUCACCUGUACGUAAAGGUGUUCUAAGUUCAUUGAGUGCUAAAUCUGUGAAUGACACUCAUAAAAUUAUGAAGGAAACUCGUUCUAUAGCUGAUAGUUUGGAUGAUUUAGAUAGUGUUCUAUCACAGAGUAUUGAAAUGAAAGUUAACAGUCCCAAAAACACAAGUAAAUCUUCUCGAACUAAAUCCAAAUCUUCAAGUAAAAAGAAAAAAUCAAAAACUGAAGUUAAACCUGCCCCUGAAUCAGAUAUAGUUGAACCAGAAAAAUUCAAUCUACCUUCCCCUGCCAAUAUUCAAACAACAAUGUCCAUGGAACAAAACUUGAACAAUCUUCUGACAUCUCAGAAUAUUGAUUUUACUCCCUCAAGUGAUUUAGUCUCCUCGCCAUUAGCAAAGAUGAUUGAUCCACUGGACGAUAUCCCUUCAGUUAUUUCUCCAGUUCAAAGUCAUAAUCAACCCCAACAUACAAAUAGUUUGCAAGAUCAAAUUACUAGUACACAAAGACAGCCUUCUCCUCAGAUACCAAAUCCGUCAAUCGAAGAUGCAAUCAGAUCACCAUCAUCUUGUCCGAAUAUGGAACCACCUCCACCUUUAACACCACACCAACAUCCCCAACGGAGUGAUUCCAACAAGCACAAAACUCCUCCAUAUAAUUCGCCAGCCUCACAGCCACCAAUUUUUAUGCCAUCAAAGUCCUCUCCUUCCACUCAUAUGUCUAUGCACCCUUCUCCACAACAUCAGCAAUCCAGUCAGUCCCAACCUUCAGUGCCAUUGUCUCAUCUACCAAAUCCUCCACAGAGAUCAUCCACCAUGUUACCACCACAAGACAGUUUUCAAACUCAUAAAUCACCAGCUCAUCUUUCACCUGCCCAGAACAUGUUAUCCCCAGCAAACAUGAGAAAUAAUAUCGAUCAAAAUAUAGUAUCCCCAUCUAAUAUGGCUAUAACAAGUUCUGGAAGAGAGCUAAAUUCAAGCAUGAGAUCUAAUACUGAUCCUAAUAUCAUAUCGCCACCUAACGUCACUAUGGCAACUAUGCAUGAGACAUUGAAUACAAGUCAAGAACAAAGUAUUGUAUCUCCACCAAAUCUCAACUUGGGUACCAACAGAUCUGGUGCUGACAUUCAUCAAGCAUUUGACCAUCCUAGCAGUUUAUCCAGAGUUCCAGAAACAACACCCAUAUUUCCACCUACUGAAUUGCCUUGCUCAAAUGAACCACUUUUUCCUUCCCCUAUUGCAUCUAUACCUAAACUGUCUCAUAUUGAAACCUCACCCAUCAAACCACCAUCGAGAAAUAGUUCUGGAUCAAAUUCUGAUGGUCCAUCCCAACGUUCUAGAAAUAGCAUAUACUCUGCAGAAAACUUUGUUCAAUCAAGUCCAAGUCGAAGUAAUGAUAGCAGACCGUCUCAAGACAGUUCACAGCUUACUAGCUGUUUCGGUCGACCACCGGCAGAAAAUACUUCAGAAAGUUUUAAUUUUACUAGUAUUGGAAUGAAUUUAACAUCUAACACAUCUUCCAAUGUUAUGGCAGGUGGUAUGUCCAUGUCAAGUGCUUCAACACCAUUUUCUUUUAGCUUAACACCAGCAAGUUCAGUUUUAACGUCUUCAUCUGGUGGCAAUAAUAGUGCUAGUUUACCUUCAUCUCAUGGUCAUCAUCCUUUAUCAUUCUACCCUCCACUUCAUCUUCAGCCACCUGGACAGCCUAACAAUUCCCAGGAAAAUCCAAACUCUCAACAACAAGGUAUGAACAUGUUACCAUUAGGUGUUGACUUAAGAAACAACAGACCCCACUCCCGACAAAUGUCCAAUGGUCCUCCAAAUCAAAACACAUUUAAUUUUGGAAUGAUGGAUAUGAAUGACUGUGUUUCUCGAGAGUCCUCCCUGCCACCAAGGCUCAGUUUACCAGGGAUGGAGAAAAAUCAUCAAGAUUUUAGAAGUAGUAACAGUAGUAGUAAGAGGGCUCCUGAGUUAACUCCUGCACGCUCGAUGACAAGUGGUCCAAUGGAACAUAACCUUGGAUCUAGAACUCAAGUAAGCAGUGCCUCUUCUUACUUCCAACCUGCAAACUUUAAUCAGCCACCAUCAUCAUUGAUGACACCGCCACUACGUCAUCCCCCUAUGCAGAGUAAUGAACGUUCUAGAUUAAGCCAUCAGCCACCUUAUGAUCCAAACUUUCAGCCUCGAGGUCCAGCUUUAUCAUCAGGUUCUUUUGGUGCUAACAGAUUUGACAAUUCCAACAAUGGUCAAAGACCAACAAGUAGUGUUCAUUAUGACUCGACAUCUAAUAUUAAUCAAAAUGUACGAAAAUCUAAUUCUAAUCCACCACACAAACAAAACAAACAAUCUCAUCCAUCAUCUGGUUCCAUUCCUUCAACAAAUCAUCCUAUGCCACCACAGAAUACAUCAUCUCAGAGUACUCCAUUAAGUCACAGAGAUAUGCCUAGUGCUCCAGCUCAACCAGUACGCCAAAAAUCUCAGUCACGGAAACAGAACAGUAAAAAGAACAAACUCCAAAGUUUUAAUCCGGAAAUGGACACGAAUCUCUCCCAUUCGAUAUUUGACUCGAAUCAGGGAAUGCCUCCUAACUUUUUUGUGCCUACCUUAUCGCCAAAUCCUAAUAGAAACUUACAAAGUGAAGGACCAUCCUUUUUACAUGGAAACUUGUUUGGAGGUACACCUAGGCCUUUAUCAAAUACAGGGUCUGGUCCUAAAAACUCAGACAUUGGGGUACCAUUUAAUCCAUUAUUUAAUCCGUCAAGAACGCAGAACAGUUUAGCAGGUUUAAAUUUUCAGCCUGGUUUUGGAAUGAAUCAUGUUAGUGCUUCAAGUGCUCCUCAAAUUACCCCACAUUCUGGUAAUGUGGCCAUGCCACCGCAUAUAAUGUCAAACUUUAAUUUGAGUAACAUUUUUACGGAUGUGAACAAUUCUCAAAGUGAUUCAUUGAACAUAUCUCCUAUUAAAUUCCCACAUGGGAAUCAUAUGUUACCCCAGCAUGGGAUGGAUCCCAACUCCUUACAACAUCAUCAUCAGAACAGUGCACUUUAUCAUAAUCGAGGUCAUCCAGGACAGCAACAGGCCCUGCAUAAUGCAAUGGCCAUCAAUAGUUUGCUAGGACAUAAUCCUCAUGGUUUUGAUGUGAGGCCAAUGGGUCAGGGUAUAAAUAGUUCGGUGGGUCCACCAUUUCACGGGCCAGGUCAUCCAGGGUCAUUUGGCAUACCUUCAUUAAACUUUUCUUUACAUGACUCUCACUGACAGAAAUUGUGACCUAUCAGUGUGUUUUGUCUAAGAAUUUGUUUAGCCAUUAUGAAUCAUAUCAUACUUGAGUGCAUAUUUUUCUAUUGGAUAAUGUAGAUAGCAUUAAUCAUUCAUUUAAUAUAUGUAUUAUAUUGGUGCAAAGUGACGAUUGUGCUGGACAUCAGAUGAGAAUUAUCAUCAGAACAUUACAACAUUUUAGUGAAAUCCAAAUGUCUUUCAUGUUAUUUUAUGUGUAUGUAUAUAUACAUUGUGCUAUCGUUUUAUUAUUGAUGUAUGCUGCUGAGGUUCAUGAAAGUGACUCAAUCAUUAUAGUCUGGCUUAAAAAUUGCCUUCCCAGAAAUUUCAGUAAAAUGCAUGACGUGAUAAAUGUACAGUUCAAACUAAAAUUAAGCUUAGGAACCAUGGCCAUGAUAGUUGAGUAUCUUUAAAUUGGGUAAUUAUGAAACAUUCAAAAAGAUAUUUUAGUUGCUUUGUUUUUUUACUGUCAAAACUUGAAUUAUGUCUAUAUGUUGGGUUAAAGUUAGUGCUUAUUUCUAUUUGAAAAACAACCACCUACGUUAAUUAACAGAAUUUUAGUCUUUCAAAUUAAACAAAAUAAAACCUACCUUUUUCAAUUUUCUGGCAGUGGUAACAUUUUGUUUUAAAUAUCUUCGAAUCUCAAUGACUUAGAUUUUUGUUUUUUCAAAAUAAUUAUUUAAUACAUACACACAGGAUGAUAUUUUGUUUACAACUUUUGGUUGUGUGUUUGAAAGACUAGGACAGACAUCUUUAUGAAUUUAUGGCAAUUGUGGUUUACCCAGUAAAGAUAAAAAUGGCGCAUAAUUUAUUUCAUUGAUAGCAACCAAUAACCACUAUACUUUUCUUGAAAACUGCAGCAAUUACAACCGUUCCUGCAUCUGUUCAGAAAUUCAAAAUGUUCUUUUAACAUUUAUUAUUGACCAUUUCAUCAUCCAAUGGCCACAUGGCAUGACAUGCAAUUAACACAAGUCUGCAUUUUGCUCCUCUGGUGUAAUACGGUUGUAAUUGUCUAUGUCAAAUAGCUAAUUAUUAUAUUUAUUGAAAUAAAACACCAUUUGUAUUCUAUUAUAACAAAUUCUUUAUUAUUGGUGUUGAGACCUACACCAGAUUAAGGACUUUUGAUCAUGUAUAGUAACAUCUGGCAACUAUAAUAAGAAUAAACUUUAAGUGUGUAUUUUGAUUGUAACAAUUAUAAGGCAAAAAUUUUUGUUAAUAAGCUAAUUUAGAUUCGGAUACAGCUAUAACACUAUAUGUGGUUGAGCUGAUUGCUUCCACUUGAUUCAGAAGCAUUAGUUUAUUAGAUAAACAACUGUAUUGCAUUCAAGUGAAAAUAUGUGAUAGAACUUGUAACACUUGACAAUGAAGAAGUGUAUUUAUAGGUUUUAAAGUGCUGAUUUUUGUCAUGCAGAUAGCAGCGAUACCCAGUCAAUAUGACAGCAGCUCUUCAUCCAUUUUUUGUUUCAAUGGCAUUUAGUAAUAUUAUAAGAUUUUGUUAAAUAUUUGGAUUGUUUACCCAGCUAUUAAUGACAUGUUUUACUGUCUUUAUCAGGCUUAUUUAAUAAUGCGUCAAAUAUCAUUGGGUUUUUUAAAAUAGAUGUUCCAAACCAAGAAAGUGAUUCAUGUAAACAUGUCAUUAGAUAUUAAUUGAGUAACAAUCAGAAUAAACAAGAACGAAAAUAAGAUUAAGUUUUAGUUAGAUUGGCAGUCGCCUAAAUCAAAUUCUUAAUAUCUCAUGAUAGUGAAUGCAGUUCUAUCCGUAGCAUAGACGUCAAUCAAGUUAAAUUCCACCUCGUGGUCAUUUUCAGAGCAUGUUUUGAAAUGUAUGUGUUAAUUACUAAAUAAUUUCUUGAUUGUAGAAUUAUUUUACAAAGUUUUAUAUAUUAACGGUAUCAAUCAUGUCAUUCAUUGUAAGUAAUUUCAUUUCAUAAAUCAAGUGUCAUCAAACGUGUUAAAUAAUUGAUUGUCAUCAUUAAUAUAUUGGUCAAUAUUUUUGUUUAUAUAAAACUUAUUAAUAAAAAAGAAAGCAUAAUAUUUAAUUGUUAAUAAUUAAUAAUCAUACUAACUAUAGAAGUAGCAAUUAUAAAUGUUUUACAUUUGACACAGAUUAAUUAUAUUAUUUUUAGUUAAACAAAUUCUUUGAAAUAAUUUGCUGAUAUUCUUUUGUACAAUUUUAAUAAGCCCACAUCGAAAUGUGGUUGUAUACUGUUGUCGGUCAGGCCUGCUGGCAUCCACAAGUUCUUGUGGACGCUCUGGAGGCUAAAGUUGAUAUUUGUGGGUUUCUCCGGGUCCUCCGGUUUGCCCCCACUGCAAAAGACCCCUACACGCAAGUGAAUUAUGGAAAUAAAAUUUAACCAUAUGUUAGUACCGUAAUGACCUGGUUUGUGUCGAGUGGACGUUAUUAAACCCCAUUUCUCUCUCUCUCUCUCUCUUUUCAACUAUAUCUGAUAAUUACUGCCAGCGUUUUGGCCCUUGACCUCUUGAAAAAUCUUGUGGAAGCUCUAGAGGCUAAAGUUAAUAUUCAAAUGACUUUAGAUUUAUACAAAGUGUUUAAGGUCAUGAGUCCAAGAAGUCUAUUGAUUUUUAACAAUUUCCAAUAAAUACUGCCAGAGUUAUGGCCCUUGAUCACUUUAAAAAAAUCUUUUGGAAGCUCUAGAGACUAAUGUUAAUAUCCGAUUGACUUUAAAUUUAUACACAGUGUUUAAGAUCAUGAGAUGAAGAAUCCUAUUGAUUUUCAACAAUUUCCGAUAAUUACUACUAGAGUUAUAUUCCUUGAUCACUUUCAAAAAUCUUGUGGACGCUCUAGAGUAUAAGGUUAAUAUCCGAUUGACUUUAAAUUUAUACACAGUUUUUAAGGUCAUGAGACAAAGAAGUCUAAUGAUUUUCAACGAUAUCCAAUAAAUGCUGCCAGAGUUACGACUCUUGAUAUUAAAUGUUUUGUAUAUUAAACUUUAGUAUAGGGCAGAACUAAUGAUUUCUGAUACUUGAUGGGCUGGUACAUGUACGGUAAUCAGAUUUUAGUGUGUUGUAAAUUUUUUAUAUUUCAUUACUGACAAAAGAAAAAAUAUGAAACAACCCUUGAUGACUUAGCUGCUGUGGGCGUAUGUUUCAUUGCCUGCCAACCUAUCUGCUAUACCUCUAUUUAAUUCUGUCUCUUCCAUUGUACUUGAAUUCUUAUUACUCCCCUACUCUUUCCUUCCGUCAAAUAGUAAUGUACUAAAAUGUUGUUAUACAAUUAUCUUUAAUAAAUAAAGUGACAAGUGUUGUUGUUGAAAUAAAACAUUAAGUAUAUUCUUGCAAAAAAUUAAUUAAAAUUUUAGUUAACGGUAUGUCAAAACAUUUUCUCAAUUGUUAGAGUAAUACCUAAUUUUACAUCAACAUCUGUGUGGAGUGGAUAUGUGAACCAUAAUGUUCAAAAAUUCAAUCAAUAUACAAUGUUUUAUAUUGGAUUUGAGCAAUUUUGGAUGCAUUAAUCAAUUCACAGAGCAAAAAGAUUAAUCUUAGCUAAACAUGAAAAUUUUCUGUCUAAUUGAGUGUUCAAAAUUGAGAAAGGAACUGUUUAUGUUGAUAGUGGAUCUUAAUACCAGUAUGCAAAUCAAUCUCCAAAAUAUUUACCAGUUAUAUUCACUAAAAUAAACUAAGACUGUUUCCUUAAAGAUCAUGCCAUAAUAAUGUGAUUGUUCAAACAACAGCAUAGAAACUCUAAUCUUUAAUUUGGCCCAUUACCGGUAUUAUAUGACAUUUACCACCAAACGAGACAUAUAAGGGCUAUAGCCUAUAGUUAUCCCAGUACCUGUCUAAAACUUAUAUAUUCUGUAAACCAUUACCUAUGAGUGUAUGAUUUAUUUAGAAUUUUCUGAUUAAUUUGUUGCAAUUUUUAUCUACAUUAAAAGAGCUGGUUGUUUAUUUAUAUUUUAGGGUUUGGUAAUUACAGUAUCUGUUGUGUACACAAUGUGCUUUUAACAAUACAUGUAUUGACAGUGAAAACUUUCGAUAAUUUGGCAUGCAGAUAUCUAUGAUAGAAAUUAAAUUGUAAAUACUGGAACAGUGGUGUAUUAUAACUGCUGCUGUAAAUAUGUACAAAAGAUCUAUUGGCUAUAUUCUUUCAUAUUUAUAAUCUAGACAAGGAGUCUACUAAUAAUUAUGGGUGAUAUAAGAAUUGAACCACUGACAGUUUUAUGAAUAUAUUUUGAAGGCGUUUUGUAUAAAUUGUGUAUUAAUAAUUGUUAUGUACAGAUAUCUUUUUUAAUGUCUGUCUUUUUAAGGCAUUUCUUAUUAUUAUGUCAAGAGAACAAAGUGUUCAUAUUGAUAAAUAUAUUGAAUAUUAUAUCAAAUCUACUUCUAUGUAUCAUGACAAGUUACCAAAAUAUUUUAUUUGAAUUUUAUUAUGAUAGAAAAAGUAAAAGAAAGAUAAAAACAGA